AUGGCUCAUCCAUCCUGUCUCGUUCUGAACAAGUCUUCCUCGUCAACUCGCCCGAGUGCGGACAUCUUGUCAAUGGCCAACUAUCAAGAUGCUCAAGAGCUCGUAGAGGCUGUCAAGGGCACGCUCAAAGAGAACACCAGCGCAACCAAACGCUUUCUCAACGCCUACCUUCUGUUCCGCAAACCAACCGUUUCGAUCGCCACUCUUCGUCCCAUCGAGGUUCCCAGUCUCACGGCACUCCCUCCCUGGAAGGCUUUGAUUCGACACACCGCCAUCGACGAAGCUUUUACUGAAGCAGUAGACAAGCCAGAGAUGAUGGACCAGGGGUUUUACAAUCACAUGGUUGAUCUCUAUGAUGAUGUCUUUGUGGACAUUGAUCAGCAGAAUGAUCGCAUCGUUCUACCUCAGCACGCGCUGGUCAUUGAGUACAAAAUGUCCCUCAAGGCCAAGAAAAUCAUCGGCGGGAUGGCUUCGGUCGUUGGGGGGUUGAUUGUCAUCGCUGUCAAAGUUGGGGAAAGCAACUGA